AUGCACUUCACCAGAAGUCCGUCUCAUACAAGAGCUGGUGAUCGAUCGGUCGUCCGGUGUGGGCUUGUCGUCGACGAUUUCUCGGGCCGACGAUCGAAUCGGAUCGAGUCCUUACCGGUCUCAUCUACGGAGCGAAGAAGCAAGCUGAAUGGCCGUGGUCACACUCGCCGUGUUCGCAUUCCGCGGAGUGUCCGGUGGGCUGGAGUUCGGCCGGGCCGAUCAUGUUUCCCAUUUCAUCGGCGCUUGUUCCGACUCAAAUGA